UUCUAACAAUCUACCUACAAAACGAGAAGAAUAUAAGAAGUUACUCAGUGACUUAAGCUAAAGCUAAAGAUACAAAUUACAACCAUGGGAAUCGUGUGCCCCGAUGAGAGCAAGAGGAUUGAGAUCGAGGAGUUUCGCCGGAUGCUGCUAUCUAACACGGCGGUGCACCGGACAAAGGUCGGCGAUGAAUUCCGAAACCAAGGGCAAUUGCCGUCGGCAGUUCAACACAGCCGCGAGCUUGAAGAGAAGAAGGUGUGCGUCACCAGUGGCGUAUCCUUCCUCGGUAUCGCCAUCGUCAACCAACUCUUACUCCGUGGCUACUCGGUACGAGUCAUCGUCGAAAAGCAAGAGGAUCUGGAAAAGCUAAGAGAGAUGGAAAUUUCUGGAGAAAUGAGACAGUCGAUGAACACCGUAGAGGCAGUAAUGGCGAGGCUGAAUGAUAUCGAAAGCCUUUCGCAAGCAUUCAACGGUUGUCGUGGUGUCUUCCACACUGCUGCCUUCGUGGACCCUGCUGGCCUAUCGGGAUAUUCAAAAUCAAUGGUUGAAGUAGAAGUGUUGAUAACUAAGAAUGUGACUCAGGCAUGUGCAAUAACACCUUCAGUCAAAAACUGCGUGCUCACAUCCUCACUUUUAGCCUGUGUAUGGCAAGAUAUUAACUCUUCAAGAACAAUUGAUCAUGAUUGCUGGAGUGACGAGUCCAUCUGCUUAGACAAGAAGCUAUGGUAUGCCCUGGGUAAGCUUAAGGCAGAAAGAGUAGCGUGGAAUGUAGCUAGGGAGAGUGGAUUCAAACUAGCUACUAUAUGUCCUGGUUUAGUGACUGGUCCUGAACUCCUCAGCAGAAAUCCAACCCCUACCAUCGCCUAUCUUAAAGGAGCUCAAGAAAUGUUUAGAAACGGACUCUUGGCAGCAGUAGAUGUUCACAGAUUAGCAUUAGAACAUGUAUUGGUGUUUGAAGACAUGAAGAACACAGGGUACAGCAGAUACAUUAGCUUUGAUCGAGUGAUUAGGAGUGAAGAGGAAUUUGAAAAAUUAGCAAGUGAGACCGGAAUAGAUAUUAGGACGAUGAGAUCAAACUCGAGGCCUAAUUCCUCGAACAUUGUCAAAUUGUCAAAUGCAAAGCUUUGCUGCUUAACCUCUGCAAUACAUAGAUGUAAUAGCGAGUUCUAGCUCUCAUCAAUAAACUUACUUUAUGCCUGAA